CGGCGCAGGGGGGUGCUGCUGCCGGCUCGCCGCAGCAUGGCCGGGCUGCCCCGCCGCCGCCUGUCCCCCGCGCUGCUGCUGCUGCUCUGCGGCUGCCUCGGCCCCUGCCCCUGCCCGCCCGCCGAGGCCGGCCUCCACUUCAGGGAAGGGCAGCACUGCUAUAAGCCGGCGCGGCGGCAGGCUGCCGGGCUGAGAACCUACCCCCGUCCUCACGAGUACCUGGAUAUCUCCAAGCUGCCCGAAAGCUGGGACUGGAGAAAUGUUAAUGGAGUCAAUUAUGUGAGCACCACCCGGAACCAGCACAUCCCCCAGUACUGCGGCUCCUGCUGGGCCCACGGCAGCACCAGCGCUUUAGCAGAUCGAAUCAACAUAAAGAGGAAAGGUGCAUGGCCUUCUGCCUACCUCUCUGUCCAGAAUGUUAUUGAUUGUGCUAAUGCAGGGUCUUGUGAAGGUGGAGACCAUACGGGUGUUUGGAUGUAUGCCCAUGACCAUGGCAUUCCAGAUGAGACCUGCAACAACUACCAAGCAAAGGAUCAAAAAUGUAAGAAGUUUAACCAGUGUGGAACUUGUGUGACCUUUGGAGAAUGCCAUGUGAUACGGAACUAUACUCUCUGGAAAGUUGCUGACUAUGGCUCUGUCAGUGGAAGGGAAAAAAUGAUGGCAGAAAUCUACACUAACGGACCAAUUAGCUGUGGUAUAAUGGCUACUGAAAAGUUAGAUGCUUACACUGGAGGACUUUAUACUGAGUACAACCCCUCACCCACAGUGAAUCACAUAGUAUCUGUGGCUGGCUGGGGUGUGGAAAAUGGAACAGAAUACUGGAUUGUUCGCAACUCAUGGGGUGAACCCUGGGGUGAAAGGGGGUGGCUGAGAAUUGUGACAAGUACAUACAAAGGUGGAAGAGGAGCAGAAUACAAUCUUGCUAUUGAAGAGGACUGUGCAUAUGGAGAUGCUGUACUUCCUUGAUUCUACAUUGAACAUCAUUCUGUUUAGGAACUACUUGGUUUGAAAGCAUUCCAACACAAUCUUUUUAAAUAGCCUAAAACUCUUUCACAGGUCAGCAUAACCAAGUGAUAAUGCAACAUUAGCCUUGAUAGCAACACAAUGUCUUGGAGGUAAAACAAAUCUAGAGCCAAGACCACCUGCCAGCUGCCUUUGGUAACUUAAAAAAUGUUCAAGCAAUUAUCCAUCAAAAAAGUUUGUCUGCUUUGAAGCACAAUAUUUAAACUAUGUCACCUUACUCAAACAGUACAGAUUAAAUUAUAUUUUAAAUACAUAUAUACAGAUUUCAUAGGUGUACUAGGUAGGAAAAAUGAACUCCUUAUUACUUUUGUCUAAAGCUUAUACUAAACUGUAAAAUUAUGAUAAUACCAAGGAAGUAUUUCACAAUGAUGAGAUAUAUUCAAAAACUAAAUUCCAUGUUUCCUUGGCUUCCUGGUGAAACACAGUAUUGUUGCUAGUCUUGUAUAAUGCAGUCACUUUUACCCAACCAGAAAUGAUGCAACAGGAACAACUUUGAUCAAAAAUUUUUUUUAAAGGAACACUUACUGUAGUUACUCACCAAUCUUUGUUUUAAUUCUUGAAUGGCUAUGCUAUCUUUUUCUUACAAAGUAUAAAUUAUGUCUGCCCUCAGAGCUCUUCCCAUACUAGUUAACAUGAAGAAAGGUAGCAAGUUCUCUUGCUUAUAUCUGAGCCCACAAUCAGUGCCAUAACAAGUGUCAUUAACUAGCAUAGUUACAUUAAUAAAAUGACAUUUUAAUUCUACAUGAUUGUAAUUAUGUGGAUUAUAAACUCUUACAAACAGGUA